CCAAGGUCGUUUUGCUCCUUAAGCGCUUGGUUUCCACCACCCGCCGCCUGGUGAAACGAGAACAAAGGAGAGGCCUUGGGGGUCUAUCUUGUAUUCCAAAGUCCUCCUUUUCGCGUUUAAACUAACGAUAACCAUACCAAUCUCUCCUCUGUUUCCAUUUUUUCCACAGAAAAAAAGUGCAUAAGAGAAGAAGCAAAAAAGAAAAAGUUGCAUUGCUUUUGCGGUUUUCUCUGGUUUUGGCUUUGGUUUCAUACGCUGUGUAGAUUUUUGGUGAUACCCAGUUGAGUAUUUAUCUGAUAGUUUGUGAACCCACAUCAAAUCCCAGAGGGCAAAGCGUAGGAGAGGACAGAGCCCUUUGUAAACACCGCCAUUGUUAACAAGAUUUUGAUAGCAGCAGUCAGCAGAGAGGUUCCUUUUUUGUGUGUGGAAAAAGAUACAAUUUUUUGACAGAAAUAGACAAAAUGAAGUACGUAUUGGUGACGGGUGGUGUUGUUAGUGGACUCGGAAAAGGGGUCACAGCCAGUAGUAUCGGAUUGAUCCUCCAAGCCUGCGGCCUUCGUGUUACAUCCAUCAAAAUUGAUCCUUACUUAAACACGGAUGCAGGGACAAUGUCUCCUUUUGAGCAUGGGGAGGUGUUUGUCUUAGAUGAUGGUGGUGAGGUGGACCUGGACCUCGGAAACUAUGAGCGGUUUCUAGAUCUGACUUUGACCCGCGAUAACAACAUCACGACUGGAAAAAUUUAUCAGUCUGUUAUUGACAGAGAACGAAAGGGAGAUUAUCUUGGAAAGACUGUCCAGGUUGUUCCACACAUUACAGAUGCCAUCCAAGAGUGGAUUGAGCGUGUGGCAAUGGUACCUGUCGAUGGGAAAGAAGGUCCAGCUGAUGUUUGUGUCAUUGAAUUGGGCGGAACUAUAGGGGAUAUCGAAUCAAUGCCUUUUAUUGAGGCCCUUGGCCAGUUUUCAUAUCGUGUAGGACUUGAAAAUUUCUGCUUGAUUCAUGUCAGUCUUGUGCCAGUUCUCAAUGUUGUUGGUGAACAGAAAACAAAGCCUACACAGCACAGCGUUCGGGUACUCCGAGGACAGGGUUUGACACCUAAUAUUCUAGCUUGUAGGAGUACAAAGCCACUUGAGGAUAACGUUAAAGCAAAACUCGCUCAAUUUUGCCACGUGCCGGCUGAAAAUAUUGUCACUCUUUACGAUGUUCCAAACAUUUGGCACAUUCCUUUGCUUUUAAGAGAUCAGAAUGCGCACAAAGCAAUCUUGAAAGGAUUCAACCUUCUUGGUGUUGCUAGAGAGCCAAAUUUGAGGGAAUGGACAGCCAGGACAGAAACUUCUGCCAAUUUACAUGAUCCUGUCAGAAUUGCUAUGGUUGGAAAAUACACAGGUCUUUCAGAUGCUUACCUCUCUGUUUUAAAGGCUCUUUUACAUGCUUCUGUUGCUUGCCGCCGCAAACUUCUUGUAGAUUGGGUUGCAGCAGGUGACCUUGAAGAUGUUACUGCUGAAGAGGCCCCUGAGGCUUAUAAGGCUGCGUGGGAUCUAUUGAAGGGUGCUGAUGGUGUUCUAGUUCCAGGAGGGUUUGGAGAUAGAGGAGUGCAAGGGAAAAUUCUUGCGGCCAAGUAUGCUCGCGAAAACAAAGUGCCAUACCUUGGCAUAUGCCUGGGAAUGCAAAUUGCUGUCAUUGAGUUUGCACGAUCUGUUCUUGGUAUCGCUGAUGCUAACAGCACAGAAUUUGAUUCUGAAACUACAAGUCCUUGUGUCAUAUUUAUGCCAGAGGGUUCAAAAACUCAUAUGGGAGGAACUAUGCGUCUGGGUUCUAGGAGGACUUACUUCAAGGUUACUGACUGCAAAUCUGCAAAACUGUAUGGUAAUGUGGCGUUUGUUGAUGAACGACAUCGACAUAGAUAUGAGGUCAAUCCUGAUAUGAUAUCGCAACUUGAAAAUGCUGGUUUAUCGUUUGUUGGCAGAGAUGAAACUGGUCGGCGCAUGGAGAUUGUUGAGCUGCCUACCCAUCCAUACUUUGUUGGCGUUCAGUUUCAUCCUGAAUAUAAGUCAAGGCCUGGGAAACCUUCUGCUCUGUUCUUAGGACUAAUAGCAGCAGCAUGCAGGCAUCCAAAUACAAUCCCACAAAUCAAUGGCCAUGUACCAAAGCCAGUUGCAAAUGGGACGAGUAAUGGACACAUGACGGUUAAAGCCCACCAAAAUGGACACGCUUUCAAGCCGUCCAAUGGCUCCCUAAAUGGUGUGUAUAGCAACGGUAAUGGCGUCCACUUUUGAGAGAAAAGUCGGGAACUGCUUUUGGUAGGUGUCGGUUAUGUGUACAGACGCUGAGUAUGGGUAGAUGGCGUAGUGCUAGAGGGCUUGUCUUGGGGAGGAAGCUGGAUUUUGAGUUUUUGAAUGACACAGCUGGUAACUCCAAAGAAGAUUUGGCUUGAAGUUUGAUGUUGCUCCAUGGAACUCUUCUUUGUUUUUUUUGUUUUCUUUCAAUAUAUGUGAGGACUAUUGACAGUGUUGGCCUUGGCAAAAGAGUUUAAGGGCAACAUUUUCAGUUUUCAAUAUAUGUUUUUAAAGAAUUAACUUGUUUUGUUUAAUCUGAAUAAUUAUUAAGACCAAAGAGCUGUGUUCCCCGGUGAUA